AUGCACCAACGUCGGGGGAAGCAGCCCCAGUUGCAGCAGUUGCAGGAGCAUGUACUUCUGCUUCAGCAGUUACACCGCCGCUUCGUGCUGCAGCAGGCGAGUGUCCAACGGCUUCGAAAUGUGUGCAAUCAGCAGCAACAGCAACCGUACAAACAUCUCUCUAUACACACCCACAAUGGGGAGCUGGCACGGCCCGCACUUCGACAGCUCCAGAAGCUACAGCAACAAGGCCAGCCACACCAGCAGGCCCAGCCAAUGGCGCAGCAACAACAAAAGUUGCAGCUUCCAUCGUCGUCUGCUCCCUCGCAGGUGGCGAGUAAUUUCUGCGGGGCGAAAGUACAAGAGAAGGCUAGCGAGCUACAGCAUGUAGCAAAAGAACAACAGCAAGCGAAGCAACAGCGACAGGAGCAAUCGCUGCUAACGCAGCAGCAAUGCCUCUUGCAACAGCAGCAGCUACUGCUGCAGCUAGGUGGAAUACGGUCGCCUGAACAGUUAGAUCUCGCAGUUCAUUUGGUACAUCGACAGCUGCUGAUGCAGCGGUCAGCUCCUUAUGCAGCAGCACCAACAACACCGGCAAUAACAGGAAACGGUGCCGCAGGAGUGCCAGUGAACAACACCGAGGGGUGUUCUGCUGCCGAAGCAGAUGAUACUUUAGGUGCAGAUGCGACCAUGCGCAUUGCGAGGCAGCAUGCUGCUUAUCUAGCUGCAGCAGAUGCUACAGGGGAUAAACCCGCCUACGCCGACUCAUGGGAGUCAGAGCCUGCUGCAGGUGCUGCGGUGGUGUCUCAGUUAAUAGGGGGACAGAAGCUGGAAGCAGCAGUGCAGCAACUCAACGCACCUGCAAUUCGCUGCUGGGGGAUGCGGCAGCUACAGGAGCAGCAACAGCUGUUGCUGCAGGUACAGCAACUCGAACAGCUACUGCAGCAACAGCCUGAGCUCCGGUGGCUUCUCAUGCAGGACCCGCAGCUGCUGGGGUUGCUCGACAAGCAACCCGGUUUACUGCUUCUAUUGCUGCGGAAUCAGAAGCAGCAGUGUUACAUGUCGCUACGCCGCCAGCUGUUUAGGGUCGAUCGUGAACCUGAGCAGCAGCAGCAGCAGCUACUGCAGACACCCUUGGGCAUGUACUCAAAGCUACUCUCGGGUGCUAGCCAACAAGAGCAGCAGCAACAGCAAAAAGUGCAGCAGGAGGUAAAGAGGCUUCAGCAUGAGAGGCAGCGGCUAACUUCGCUUGUUAAGCACCAGAUGAGGCUGCAGAAGCAACAAUGCCUCCAGAAGCAGCCGUUGCAGCUGUUACAGCUCCCUGGAGAGCCGCAAGUAUUGCUUCCGCCUCAAACCGAGCAGCAGCAGUCGUUUCCUCAGGAGCGGCAGCAUCCAUCGCCUCAACAUCAGCAGGGGUUAUUACACCGCCAAAAGCAGAUGCAACAGCAGCCAAUGCUGCACUCGCAGAUGCAGCAGCAGCUACCCCAACGGCCAAAGCAAAAGGAGCUGGUUCAUCAGCAGCAGCAAGAUGAGUCAACCCGGUUGCCUAGGGGUUGGCUUUCUCAGCAACAAGAAGUAGUGCACGCUGGAGCAGACACAGAGGAGGAAGAGCAGCCGACGCAGCAAAUGACGGGCUGUGCAGCAGAUAGUGUGGAUAUGUCGCAUGAGCAACGCCUGUUGAUUCCAGCACAGACACACACUACAGUGCGGCCUUCCCCUGGGCCUGCCUCCUUGCCUGUCCAGUCGCCGCAGCAGUCGCAACAAGAGCAACAGCUACACCCAAUGACGCCUCAAUCCCAGGCUGUCAGCAGCAACGCAAGCGAGGACCAAGGGGUGCAGCUGCAGGAGCAGGGCCAAAAGACGCAUCAAGAGAACCUCCAUCAGCACAUGCAGCAACGGCCAAAGCACCAGCAUUGCAACAAGCCGCUGAAGAAAAACAUGCACUUGUACAGCUAUAGAAGCGUGCCCGACACGGAGACAGAAACGGACACGGUAAAAGCACCAGCCGCAACAGCGCCUUCAACCGCAACAGCAAUGGACGCAACAGCGAAAUGUCGCCGGCGCUGCAGCAGGCUCAGGGGGGAACCCCCUGGACCUGACCUUCUUUGCAGUAGGCAAGCACAAACCGGUGAAAUCAAUUGCGAAAACAGUAGCAGUAUCAGCAGCAGCUGCUGCAGCAGCGGAGAUGAGAACCUCCCUCCACUGCAGCAGCUGAGGCAGCGCAAGGUUCAUCGAGACCCUCAAAGAGACCAGCCUAAGGGGCAACACGCAAAACAACGUACAACACGGAAGGUUAUAUCGGCAACCCUUGCCGCAGGUAAGCCUGCUGCAACAGUCUUAGCAAUGCCUGCGGAAGAGGCAGCCAAUCCAUCUGCUGACUCUCACCAUCCCGUCUGCCUCUCCCAUGGGUCUCGAGGGGCCGCGGCGGCAAGCCGUGCAACCAUAGCAGCAUCUGCAGCAUUGCAGUGCAACGGCAUGCCAAAGGCAAGGGGCAGAACCGCCUCAAUAGCAGGCGCAGCGGACGGAGAACAGUUCGAUCAACAGCAAUUGCAGCUACUGCUGGCGCUACUGCAGGAAUGGUGCAGCAGUGCCUCCAAUUCCUCCCAUCCUCCUCCUGCUGAUGCCUCCGCUUCUCUUGUUGCGCAACUUACAGCAGCGCAUCCGCUGCUGCAGAGGCUGAAGCAAGAGCAGGAGCAGCAGAGUGCCCUGCUGCAAACGGCCGUUGGCCACAAUGAGGCAGUCAGCGGCCUCUGCAGCGUUCUGGCUGUUGGCAUGGCUUGUGCGCAGCACCUGCUGUCCUGGAACCACGAGAAGCAGCAGCAAAAGCAGCAGCACCAGCAGCGGCAGUUCCCGCAGCGGGUGCUGAUGUCCGCCAUGAAAACUCCGGAACUCAACGACAACCGCGGCCGACGCCCUGUGGUGAUGAAGCGCAUGAGUAGCACAAGCAACAGCAGCAACAGCACAUUUUCAUCCUUGUGCGGCUGCGUUGCCGUUGCACUCCAUGCGGAAGCUGCUCUGCUAUCAUUAGGAGUUGACCCAUCAGAAGAGGUGGACAUGAAACUGAAAGACCACCAACAGCAGCUGCAGCACCACGAAGAAGACGUCUCGUUGACGGCAAUGCUGACGAGUGUUGCAACUUCGGCGGACAAGGAACCUCAGUUGCUGAUGUUGUUGCUGGGUUACAACGCCUGCUGGAGGGGAUUCGCUAUCUUUGGAGCGUCGCCGUGUCCCUGCAGCAUCCCAAGACCUUCAGUUUGGAAAGUUUCCAUCUUCUUGCUGCCGAUAAGCGAUGCGCUGCUUCCCGAUGCUUCGCUAGUAUUAAAGUAUAGUAGUAGUAUUGAGGAGCUCACACCCAUGCGUCUCAUUGUUUCCAAGUCCAUCGAUUGCUGCAUGAGUUCCUGUGUUGCUUUUGCGCUUCCAAUUUGUCCGCUCGUACAGCUGUUCCAGUUCGUCCCGCAGCUGCGCGAGCCAGUAAUUGAUGGGCUGCUGCAGCAAUUCGCCGCUUCUGCAGACGAGACUUGCAACCAGAAAGGAGGCGGGAAGCAUGCAGCUGCGGCUGCUGCGGCAGCAGCUGCUGCAAUGGAGGAGGAAGGCGAAGACGUCGUUGGACCACAACAGGUGCCACACGACGCUGCAGUAACAGUAGCUCAUCCCGUGACGCUGAUGCUGCUGCGUCUACUGCAGGCAGUGUGCCUGCACAGUGAAGUGUACAGACACCUCCAAGAGUCCUCGUUGGGAGAGGCACCCUGUGCGUGGCUCGAGAAGCAGAAAAAGCAUGUUUCGAACCGAGUGGAGGGAGCAGCAGGGGCAGCAGAGGCCACAGCAAAGUACAUCGCUCGUCGUUUAAUCACCUUGGCAAUCAGUGAGGAGCUGUCAGGAAAGCAGCAUCCGCAACAGCAGUUUUUGCUGCCCUCAUUGCGAUCCUCUCCCGGCUGUCUCCGAGCCGUGCGGCGUCUCAUUGCCGAUCUCUCCUUGCUAACUCGAUCUCCCUCUCACCCAGCCUCUCUGCUGUUGCUCCGCACGGUGGGUUUCACCAUCUUAGCGCGCCUUCUGCGUCCGGAAGCUGCAGCUGACCACGCGCAGCAACAGCAACAGCAAACAGCAUUGCUGUCCCUUCUCUCGGCUCUAGCACCUGCUGUCUUUGCCGAGAAGCUGCCAGUUCCCGCCAUUCCUGUUCUACAGGAGGAGCAGCAGCAGCGCCAACAGCUAUCAGAAGAUGAGCAGGUGGAUACAACAGCUGGAGCAACUGCGAGCGGCCCCGGAAGCGUCUCGAGAGGCCCUACGCAGACGGUGCGACAGCAGCCGGAGCAGCAACAGCUGCAUUCGCGGCGUGCGCCGUUUGCUCACAGCAGCACAGCGUCAUCACCUGCAAAGCACGUCAAGCAGCAAAGAAAUGCUUGCUGCGAUUGUGCUUCUGUUAAGGGGUACGAAGGAGCGGCAGGCAACUCCGCCGAGCCUUGGGUCUGUGCCGGCUGCGAGCUGCGUCGAUCUGUCGCGGUGUCUUUACACGAGGCAAUAAGUAGACUUCGCCCCUCCGCAUGGCCGUUAGUUGCUGCUGCAGGCCCCGCCAGAAGCGCAGGAAAAGCAGCAGCAGCAGCAGCUGCUGCUGCAGAAGGCGUAGCAGACAGCUCGCUGCUCCUCAGCGUGCUUGAUGAACCCCUCACCCUCCGGUGCAUCCUCCUCAUUCAAGCAAACUCCAAUUGUAGCAGCAGAACACCAGCUGUGUCAGCAGCACAUUCUGCAGAGGACGAAACAUGCCGAGUGCAGAACCCGGCUGCGGCAGCUGCUGCCGCAAACGCCUCAGCAGCAAGCUCUGCGGCAAGCGCCAUGCGAAUAUCUCACAGACGUCUGCUUCAGCAGCACUCCAGGGCAGCUAUGGCCUGCCUCCUGCUGCUGCUUGGCGGCAGCAGCAACAAAACCAGCACAAACAAAAAGUGUAUUACAGGAGACGGAAAAACAGGUGACCUCAAGGAGAACAGGAACAAAUCCAGAAGGGCUGACACAAGCAGAAGCCUCAUGUUGCAGCUCGUAGUAGAUAUUGAGUGGGAGGCGGCGGCGGCGGGAGAUGUAGGGCUGCUGCCCCUGAGCUCUACCGCUGCUUCUCCUGCAGCAGGCCCUGACAUCAAUAGCCCUUGGCAGCACCAGCAACAACAGCAGUUGGUCGCCUCUAUCUGGAGGUCGCUCGCUCUGUCGGCGCUGCAGCAUAUUGGGGAUUUGCUGCUGCAUGCAGUUAGGGUUUCUGCAAUGGAUGCCCGCUUAUCAGUAAGGAGAGCGGCUCUUUCUGUGUUGCACGCGUCCGCGACGUGGCGGCCAUCUUUGUUGCAAGCCAGCAGCAGCGACAACAGCGGCAUCGCCAUCCUCUUGCCUCAGGCACUUGCAGACCCGUCCCCUGGUGUACGCGAGCGCGCCUUGGCCCUGCUCGACACUGCACUGAAGCAGCAGCAGCGGGACGCUGUAGCACCACCCUUGCAACACAACAGCCACCAACAGCUGGGUGGCGCGCACCCAAAUAAGCAAGUCGAAGUUGCUGUCUCCCCUUGGCUCGAGGAAAUCGGAGGAUUGUUGCGGUUCCUCCGCUACGUAGUGUUGCAGGAGACAGCCCCCUCUGUUAGGCAGCAGGCCUUGCGCGUGGCGCGAGGUUGUGCUGCUGCUGCCCCACUGGGAGAGACAGCGCGCUGCUGCCGCUCUCUGCUGCUGGAGGCCCUUGCAGCUGCUCCUGAUCACCCCCCAACCAAGGCAUUUGUUACGGCAGCACUUGCAGCUGAAGUUGUUCGAUUCCUUGCUCCGAAAUCCUCCGAGAAAGGUGAUGCGGCGGGUAGUUCAGAAGUGCGCGAUGUAGCUGCUUCUACUACAGCAACGCAUACACCCCAAAAACGGAGGACCUCGGGCUUUCAUAGCUACGGCGGGUCGCCUCUAGCGGCACCAGCGCCACAGGGGUCGGUAAACGCAUGCAGUUCCCUGGAUCUGCCAAAGGCAGUCAGGCUUCUGGCUAGCUUAGUUGCUGCGGCACGGGAACACCUGGAGGAUACCUCUUUGGUGCUCCUUCUGCUGCCUCGGAUGCAGCAGCAACUUCACCAACAGGUGCAGCAGCCGCAAUCACUGGAGGAGCUUGCCGCAACGCUUCUGGAUGCUUGCCUGAGUGAGUAUCUGAACUGUUGCUGUGGUGUACCCGCACAGCAGCAGCAGCAGCACAAUGACCACUCUGAGCAAGACCAAGAGCAGCAUCAGCAGCUGGCGCAGCAAGACUCCCUCCUGGACCCUACUGCUGCAGGGGCAUCUCUCCUGCAUCUGGCCCAGGAGCUUGGGCUAUUCUGUCCUCGUGGACUGCUCCAGUUUGUUCCCCACGUCGCUGUUUUGCUGAGGGAUAACGCGACGCUGCUUCAGCAAGGCAUGAGUAGCAGCCGGUCUUGGUUAGGGGAGAUCGAGCUUCUCGCAGCUGCAGCAAAUCAUAUUCGGGGAGCUUCCUACCACGUGCAGCAAGAAAUGCUGCUCUGUGUGCCGGCUGUGCUGCUGCUUCUAGAAACAGACCCGCUCGUGCUGCAGGCAGGGACGACGAUGUUGUGCCGGGUGUCGUUGCAACUACAGCAGGACGGGGUGCGUGAUAGCCUCCUCGACCUUCUUGCUGUCAGUCUGGCGCUCAUUUACUCCAUAAAAGAUCGCAUUCACCCACAUCGAGAGCCGCACCAGCAAGAGGAGCCUCAGCAGGACCAGAAGCUACAACAGAGAGACGGCGUCGUGCCGAUGCUUCAGGCACUGCAGUUCGCAUCGUGGGCAGUGGCGUGUUUGGCUGCCGGCUUGGGAAUUGGAGUACCCAUCAAACGCUGUGCCACAGGUGCAAACACUUUUGGUGCUGCUACUGUGUCAGCAGAUCCGCAGUGGGUCUCAGCUUCCUUACCAGGUGCUGCUUCGUUGCUAUCGGAUGUUCCCAUGGCAUUGCUAAUGCGGCGGGUAGCUGCGCACGCAACGGACAGCAAGUCUGCAGCAGCGGCUGCAGCGGCUGCAGGAGAUGGCGCCUUUGAUUUGCAGCAGUGUAUAUUUCAUCUGCUGUGCGACGCACUUCUUCUGCUGCAACAGCACGGAGGCAUGACGGCUGUCGCUUGGCGUUCCGUUUGCUGUUUCGUGCGAGCGUCUCCUUCCUUCCUAAAGAGCCCGCGACUGGGUGCACGUCUUCAUGCAGCCAUAAAAGCAGCAGAAGCUGAGACGGAGAAAUUGUGUGGGAUCCAGCAGCACAAGCAAGAAGAGUGGACGGCCAACGCAUCUGCGCUCGAUUUGCCUGCCGCUCUUCAGGCGUUGUAUGGGCUCAUCAAAGGCCUGCAGCGAGAUAGCACGCCUCCAGGAGCACCUGCAACAGCAACGGCAGCAAAGGCAGCAGCAGGAGCAGCGAGCGGAGGGGGUAGGGGUCUUCAGAGCACCAGUGUUCCGUCGCGCCGAUCAGACACGCGCAUCAAGCUUCACCGGCAACAACAACAACAGCAACAGCAGAGCCAGCGUACUCCUCCCUCGAAUACUCGCACAGCCUCUCUGAUGGCAUCUUCCACAGCAACAGCAGCAGCGGCAGCAGCCGCAGCAAUAACAGCAAAUCUGCGUCAGGGGCUGGGGGCUGGCACGGAACGCUCUUCAGAUACCCACGGCUCCACAGUUCCAGCAGCAAUUUCACAGCCAAGUGUAUGCGACUACUUGCACUCUAUAGCGCUGUACGUCAGGCCUAUGAUGGACUUGCUUCUUCCUAGGCAGCAGCAGCUGCAGUUACUACAGAAGCAGCAACCGUGGGCGCGACGCCAACAACCAUUGCUUUGCCCAUACGCACUGAUGGGCAUGCUCGUUUCACUAGGCGGCGCUGGUGCGGCCUCUGCUGCAGGCCGGAUGCAGGAGUGUCUGGACAACUCGCUGAUGUUGUGCAUACAUCGCCCAGCACCAGACACAACAGCAGCAGAACGGCUAUCCAAGGCUUCUGGCAGCGGCACCAGCUGCUCGAAGUUCCUGCAGCUGCAAGAGGAGGGAGCAGCGCCUUUUACUGCGCUAAUGCUUUCUCCAUUUGACCCAGUGGACACAGCCGCUGUAUCUGCAUUUGUUGCAUUUUUCACUAAGGGAGCAAGGGGAAGCACCAGAGGUUCACCUUCGGACGUUCAGUUAGGACUUGUCGCUCAACUGAGGCGAUUCAGCAGUGUUGAGUCACUUGCGGGUCUUGCCGCCCGUCUCCCGCCUGCAGCAGCAACUGCCGGCGCAGCAGUAGCAGCUGAAAAGGGAACCAACGAACGCCUCGCUGCAUGGAUAGGCAGCUUGCCAACUUCUCUAGCUGCUGUUGCGGCAGAUGCAGCCAUUGCCCCGUGGCUGCAGCAAACCCCCAUAGGUUUGCUGCCGCUGCUUCCUGCUGUGUUUGCUGCUCUGCUACACUUAAGGCUUGUUUCCGAUGUGCUGCUGUCGAUAAUUCACAAGCCCUCUGAGGCGGCAGAUGUAGUAGCAGCUCUCCGAGGGGUAAUUGUUGACUGUGGCGCCUCUGUUGACACCAUGCUGCAUGCAAUCCACCAACAGCAGCAGCAACUGCAACAGAAGCAGCAGCACCACCAAGUGGCUGCUCUAAACGCUGCUUUCUGUGGGUGCUUUGCUUCACAUCUAAGGGCUGCUAUUCUGGAGGGUUUCCACUUGCAGGAUGCAGAUGAAGGCGAAAGCGACACAGCAUCGCCAGCUUGUGGUGCUGCUGUGCCAGAGGACUUAGAAAGCCACGGAUGCGGCGACGGUUGUCCCGGUGCCAAACAGCAGCAGCAACAACAGCAACAGAAGAGAGGUCGGCCGCUUGUUCGGCAGCGUAGCCGUCGGAGCAGCAGCAGCAGCAGGAGCAGCAGCAGCAGCAACAUUCCGUUGCCGCGUAGAGGUGGUGUGCCGGACUGUGAAUCUUUGGCUGCGGCUGCAACUACCGCUGGAUCGUCUGCAACUGCAGCAGCAACAGCAUCGAAAAAGAGCCCUGUGUCAAUUCGCCGCAAGUGCGGCAACGCGCCGUUGCCUCCCACAAUUCCAGAGGAAAAAGCUGCGUGGCGGUUGUUUGCUGCAGCCGCUCGCUCGCAGCGACAUGCUGUGGCAAAACUGGGGAGGCUGUGGGUAAGCAUCGUCUCCAAAGGGGAUUCAACAGAAACAGGAGCAUCGGCUACAGAAUCAGUAGCGGCAAAGACCGCAGAGGGGAACGGAGACACCAGGGCGAGCCUUAUAAAGGAGAUGGUGAAUGCAGCAGUUUGCUGUGUCAGUGAAUUGACAUGGGCUGAGGCCUUUGCACCUGCGCACGUGGAUCGUAGAAAUCGGAGACGCAAACACCUCCUGCAGCAGCAACAACAACAACAAAACAGUUCUCCGCCCACGUGGCGCCGAAGGAAGCGCAGACGGUUUGGGGUGCGCAAGGGAGAGGAUCCCCGAGACUCUGACUGGGCGAGAGAUGAGGAGACAUCAGAGCCGACGGCCGAGUCCGAUGAGGACUUCACGGACCACUGA